UGCCUUCGAUGGUGUGGAGAUCGCCACCCAUUGACUUCAUUGAGCUGAUCUCCCAUUUUCAAAGCUUUCAGUGAAGUGCUGACCAUUCAGGUGACACAUCAUGAGACUCUUGGCCCAUCUCAGCUCGCUCCGUCCCUUCAGCACCGUUGUGAGACGGAGCGGCGUGUCCCAGGCCACUGACUCCGAGAACCACUACCGGCUACAAGGGAUCUACCCUUACUUCCUGCCCAUUCAGACCCGUUGGCAAGACAACGAUCAGUACGGUCAUGUUAACAACAUCGUAUACCACCAGUACUUUGACACACUAAUCUGCUAUUAUCUUAUCAGGUAUUGCGGGCUAAAUGCCAACCGCCAGACCUCGUCGGUGGUGGGGUUCAUCGUGAACUGCCAGUGCACCUUCCACACAGCCCUGACGUUUCCACAAAACCCACUGGCGGCCCUGGGAGUGGAGCGGGUCGGCCGCUCCAGCGUCUGCUACCGAUUGGCUCUCUUCAAGCCCCGGCGGGGCCGAGCCUCCCUGCCCUUGGAUUACGACCUCCUCGCGGAGGGUUGCCACACCAGCAGCCCACUGCUCGAGGGGUUCGAGAACAUGGCCUGCACCACGGGAAUCACCACUCAGGUCUUCGUCGACCCGGUCACCGAGAAGCCCAAGGAACUGCCCGGCCACUUGAGGGAGCAAUUUGAAAUUAUCCAGAUGAAGCCGAGAGCCUCCUGCUGAAUGUUCUAGCACCUAAACCAGUUGCAAAGAGCGCCAUCGCCUUCUCUUGAAAGGUACAUUUUGUGAUUGCCAGGCAAAUAGCAGAAGUAGAACAUUGCCCAGAGAAAAAGUGUGCCAAUUUCACCCCCCCCUCGUUUCACGGAUUAUCAGAGUUUACCUGUUUAAAGACUUAGCAGAACUCCCUACGUCCUGUACUAUCUCAUUGUAGUCUUUCAUUGAUAUGUAAACAGGAGCAAAUCUAAGUGUCCCUUCCCAUUUAAGCUGAAAUCUUGACUUGCAGAUCAGAAAUGAAAUGGCAACAACCUUCAUUUGCUGGAUUUUGUGACACUGCCCUUAUAUUUUCCAGCGACAAAAGUUUAAAAUUUGUUUCAUUCAGAUUUAGAACUGAAUAAUGUUUGCUUCAAACCAAAUCAUUUCUUAAUUACCUAUUGCCACAGAUGCUUAUGGCAAAAGCUAGACAAUAUUGUUGAGUACUAACACAUUGUUCAUUUGUAUUUCUCUUCAAUACAGCAAUAAAACACUAAGCUUCUAACAAACAAUAAAGCCUAAGUGAUUUUCAUUUCAUACACCUCUUCAUGCACUGGGAUCAGGGAUCAGAGUAUGGCAGAGUUUCCUGAUUUCAGCUUGAAAAGCAACAGGUAAUAAAACCUCUGUAUAGAUUGGUUAAAAAAAAAAAACUCUUCAAAGAAACCUUGGGAUCAGAUCCACCUGAAGCUGUGAAAUUGAUAAGUUGGAUAGAUAUGAUCUACUGUCUUGGAUCCUAGCAUCCAAUCCACCUGCUUGGAUUCUAGCAGCAUUCAACAUUGUCUUGAAUUCUAGAAUUUGCUAGAAUUCUAGC